UUAUAUUCCCUUUAGUACCUCCGUUUUGAACGAAAUAUGAACACAGACUGCCGGCCAUUAGUUCACAACACCACCCACGAAUCUUCCAUACAACUUUUCUUAAUAACAAACUUGUAUAAAUCUUAUCUCCCGCAUAAUCUCUUUCCCCAAUCAAAAAUCACACAACACAAAUUGUGAAAGAAUCAAAAUCAAAAUCAAAAUGAUGGAAUUUUCACAAUUAGGAUCUGGUCUAGCAGCUCUAAUGUUCUUCUGGACAAUAUACCAGCAUUACAUUCCACCAAAAUUACGCGAAUCAAUCGAAUUUUUCAGUUCUCGAUACUCGCACAAAUUAGUCAAUUAUUUAUCUCCUUACCUUGACAUUGUUUUCGAUGAGUACACUGAUGAUCGAUUUAAUCGAAGUGAAGUUUAUGUCGCAAUUCAAAACUAUCUUAGUGAUAAAUCUUCAAUUGAAGCUAGAAGUAUGAAGGCUGAUUAUGUUAAAGAUAGUAAGUCUUUGUUGUUGAAAUUGGGUGAUAAUGAAGAAAUUCGGGAUGAUUAUCUUGGUGUUCAAGUGUGGUGGUCUUUUAAUAAAGACGUCGUUUCUCAACCUUCUUUCUCUUUCUUUGCUUCCUCUGAUGAGAAAAGAUACUACACACUGGUCUUUCAUGGUAAACACAGGAAGUUCAUACUAGACACCUAUCUGCCAUAUGUUUUAGAGGAAGGCGAGGCGAUUGCAGUCCGAAAAAGGACACGAAAACUGUUUACCAAUGCAGGAAGUGAUGGACCAGAUUGGACGGGUGAUCGAGAAAACAUGUGGAACCACAUCCAGUUUAAACACCCAUCAACCAUAGAAAUGCUAGCAAUGGAAGAAUCUAAGAAAGCCAUGAUUCUUGAUGACUUGCUAUGGUUUAAGAGUGCAAAAGAGUACUACGCGCAAAUUGGGAAGCCAUGGAAGCGAGGAUAUCUUCUCUACGGCCCUCCAGGAACAGGGAAGUCCACACUUGUUGCAGCAAUGGCUAAUCUUUUAGACUAUGAUAUAUACGAUCUCGAAUUGACUUCAGUGAAGGAUAAUAUGCAAUUAAGAAGGUUAUUAAUUGAGACAACUAGUAAGUCUAUAAUUCUAAUAGAAGAUAUAGAUUGUUCAUUGGAUUUAACAGGAAAAAGAAAGAAGAAAAAAAGUGGGGAUGAUCAGGAACAGGAAGAAGGAAAAGACCCUUUAAGAAAGAAAAUUGAAGGAGAAGAUGAAAAGAAAGGAAGUGAAGUGACAUUGUCGGGUUUGCUAAACUUCAUUGAUGGAAUAUGGUCGGCUUGUGGGGAAGAAAGAAUUAUAGUGUUUACGACUAAUCAUGUUGAUAAGCUUGAUCCUGCUUUAGUAAGGCCAGGAAGAAUGGAUGUUCAUAUUGAGUUGUCGUAUUGUCGAAAAGAUGCAUUUAGGAUAUUAGCUAAGAACUAUUUGAGGGUUGAAUCACAUCCAAUGUUUGAUUCAAUUGAGAGAAUGUUGGAGGAUGUAAAUGUUACUCCUGCACAUGUUGCUGAGAAUUUGAUGCCUAGAUCAGUUAAAAGUACUAAUGCUGAAGAUUGUUUGAGGAAUUUAGUUAUGUUUCUUGAGAAGAUGAGGCUAGUGAAGGUCAAAUCUCAAGAGGAAAUUGUAUUCAAAAAUGAAGAAGAAAGUGAUCAAAAGCUUACAUCUGACGAUGACAAAUAGAUUUCUACAAAUUAAAAUUAUUACACCUGAUAAAAAGGUGAAGACUGUUGUUGUGUUGUAACUGGUGUUUGAGUUUCAAGAAGAUAACAAUUAAUUACUUCCUCA